AUGGCGUAAAAAGUAUAAAGGACUUUCAUAAAAAAGGUGAAUUUUGUAUAGAAUGAUGGAGAUGAUUAGUUAAAUGUAUAAACAGAUCAUAAAAUGACAAAUUCAUAGUAAGAUUAAUAAUAAAUGUAGUCAAAUAACUACUUAUUUGCCACUGGCUUUUUGCUUUUGAUCCUUUUGUACUUGCUAGUGUCAAUUUACAUUGCAACUAAGCUAAAAAAGUAAAGAAAAAGUGUAAAAGUUAUGUAUGGUACUCUGUUGCUCUACUUAUUAAUUAGAUUCUUUUCCUUUAAUAUAUGUAUGCUAGAUUCAAUUAAUAUUAUCGAGAUAAGCAAUGCUUCAAUUGUGUACCACCUAGCUAUGAACUCUAUCUUCCUUUGUGACUGCAUUUUUGUCAUUUCAUUCUUUGCUCUUUUUAGAUUCUUUUUAAUGUUUAAAUAUUACUCUCAUAUUUCUUUGUCAUCAACUUGGGAAACUAAGAUUUUGUAAAAUCAAAAGGUACUUCUCUACGCAAUCUCAAUUUUUAUAUCUGUGUAGAUAGUUAUAGUAAUACUCUUCAAUACUCCAAUUAUUAGAAUUCAGGAACUUAUGAUCGAUGAUUUCAUACAAAAUAUUUUGAUUAUCAUUUGUUAUGUUGUAUUUCAUGUCUUGAUGGUCUUUAAGUUUUCAGGUACACCUUACUUGAGCAAUCACCUGAAAAAGAAUACAAGAAUAAUUAUGGCUUUUACCUUUUAUUUUGCUCUUUCUAGAUCUGUAAUAGCAGCUGUAAACAUAUAUCUUUCUUAGAAUUAGAACGGAGUAUUCGAUUUAAUAUAAUCUCCCUCAAAUACUCUGAUUUGGAAGCAAUUUAUGUUAAUUGCUUCUUUAAUUUUCACAGAAAUUAUUCCCUUUGCUGCUUUGGCAAGUAGAUCGAACAUUUUUUAAGAAAAAUUCUAAGAACCUUUAUUACCUCAAGACAAAGUAGAAGAAGGGGUUAACAAAGAAGCACCUUCUAUAAAUUCAGUUAGAACUUAUUCAGAAGAAAUGAAUAAUUUUGAGUUAGCUGGUGACAUUUCAAAGGUUAAAUUAUAAGAAAACGAAAAAGGAGAAACCAUAUCUUAUUAUAGACAUCAUGGCUUAGGCAAAAUAUUUCAUAGCUGUGACAAUAAAGCAAUUAGAAAAAUAGAAGUUAAAUAGCUAUCGUAAUAUAUAAUAGAUGAGAUUAAAUCAGAUGUAUACUAGCAAAAGUAAUUUCCAGCUAAGAAAUUAGUGAGAGUUUUAGAGUAUUAAUGCUUAGCUGACUAGCUUCUUUUAGCAUAUCCCUUCUAUAAUAAUAGAUCUCUUAGAUAUAUUAUACAAAAAUAAUCUGUUGGCAUACUAAAUAUUUAAUCAUAAUGUAAUAAAGAAACAUUUACAUCAAGUCAAACAAAUGAGACUUCUUAAUUUACUCUUGCAAGUAAGGUGAAUCUAGCCUUGAAAAUUGCUUAUUUAAUUAGAGAUAUGCACCACCAAGGUUUUAUACAUGGUCACCUACACUCAGAUAAUAUCCUCUUAAGUUCAAAGCUAUAUCCAAGAAUUGCAGAUUUAGGUUUAAAUGCAUUAAAGAAGUACCUUGGCUUAAAAGGACAGUAUAGUAAUAAGUCUUAGUUUACUUCUCCUGAAAAUCUCCUAGCUAGAGGGCCAGUAGUUUCUACUAACGAUCCAGCAUCUGACACUUACAGUUUUGCAUUUAUUCUAUAUGAAUUAUUUGUAGGAAGGGAACCUUUCUAAAAUGUCAGCUUAAAAGAAUUGAAAGAAAUUGUUGUAGAAAAAGAAAGUAGACCCAAAAUUCCUAGCGAAAUUCCUGAAGAAAUUCAAAAACUUAUAAGAUGCUGCUGGUAUUAAAGAGCUUAAGAUAGACCUGAUUUUGAAAGUAUCUGUGAACAUUUAGAAAAUUAUUCUAAGUCUUAAUAAAUAUUGCAUUCUGAAAUGCAUGAACAUGAUUAGAAUAAAUCUCAAUUAAAAUGA